AUGGUGUUUGAGGCCCCGGGGUGGCGUGUGAAUGAGGCAUGGAGGCGAUUCUGCUAUGAGCAUGAUGAGAUCCUCAGCUAUGGCAUUCCCAACGAAAUUGAUAUUGGUGAAGAGAGAUUGUUGCAGCAGUGGUGCUGCCCACCUGAAAGAAAAAUAAAGCUCAACGUGGACGGAAGUUUUAUGUUGGCGAACCUUUGCAUGGGUGGCAGAGGGAUUUUGCGUGCUUCCAAGGGCUCUUGGGUUGUUGGGUUUCACUCUCACGGUGAUGGUGGGAAUGCUCUCGUCACGGAAGCUACGACCCUUCGUGAGGGCUUGGACUUGGCCUGGAACAAGGGUUGUCGGUUCAUCUUGUGUGAAGUGGAUUGCAAAGACUUGCUUCAAGCAUUGGAGGAUGAUGAGAGUAUGCGUUUCCUCCCAGUUUUGCAGGAGGUGCAGGAGAGGUUGCAGAACCAGUGGUUCAUGGAACUAUCAUGGAUUCCGAGAGAUUGCAACAAGGUCGCAGAUUGGCUAGCGCACCAAGGUGUAAUGAUUGAUUUGUCGGGUGUUCGUAUCUUCGAUCAGAAAUGA